AUCUGGGUGCAGACUGACAUGGUGUGUGCAGUCUGAAAUUUUCUUUACUGUUUGCCGAUCAAUUAUUCAAUAUCUACGAUAGUAACAACAUAUCCACUAUUCACAAUUAUAUCUUCUAUAGUCAUUCAUUAAAUCUACCGAUUUUCACCCUUCAAACCUUAAACCCGAUCAAGAAUGUCACAAGUGAGAAGCAACGCUGGGAUGCGAGGUGGACCAGGGCAGAUGCCACAGCCCAUGCACAUGCCUAAGCAACAAACCCCAGGGUUGCUUUUACUGAAUCCCGCCAGCCAACAACAUGCAAUGGCUGCACAGAUGGAUAGGAGUGGCCAGGUACCCCAUCCCCAGGUCCAUCAGGUCCCCCAGAUGAUGAUGAGGGGGGCCAUGAUCCAAGGAGGGGUCCCACAACAACAGCAUCAUAUUCAACAUUAUCAAGGCUCUGUGCAGCAAGCUGUUCCAGUCUCUGCACAGCAACCUCCUGCAACACAACAGCUCCCUACACAAGAGAAUGAAAGUUCAGAAUCCUUUUCCUCGGCAAACAUUAAAGAGAAAACCCCGAUGUGUUUGAUCAAUGAACUGGCAAGACACAACAAAACCUCCCACCAAUACACCUUAACAGAUGAGCAAGGCCCUGCCCACAAGAAAACAUUCUAUGUCAAACUGAAACUUGGGGACGAAGAGUAUUCAGAAGAAGGGCCUAGUAUUAAAAAAGCACAACAUGCUGCAGCCAAGCUAGCUCUGGAGAAAACAGCAUUCAAGCAUCCUCCUCCCAAGCCAACAAAGAACUAUGGCCAAGCUGGAUGUGAAGGCAAUAACCUUACACCUACAGUUGAACUGAAUUCUAUAGCAAUGAAGCGUGGAGAAGCAGCAAUAUACAAACCUAUUGAGCCCCAUAGACCAAUGCAGUUUAAUCAGCCACCAAAUAUGGACUUCAGAGGCAUGUACAACCAAAGGUAUCAUUAUCCUCGUAUGCCCAGGGUUUGCUAUGUGUCAUUGAAAGUUGGACAGCGAGAGUUUAUUGGAGAGGGUGGCACCAGACAGAUGGCAAGACAUAAUGCAGCGGCAAAAGCACUGAAUAUUCUAAGGAAACUACCACUACCUAACAAUGCUACUAGCUUUGCUAAAGUACCUGAACAAAAUGUGAUAACUGGUGGUGCUAAACCCGUUGCUCCAACAUCAGACGGUGCAAAGUCAGAUUCAAAAGCAGAAAGCAGUGAAGAUCUAAAGUCAGAAAUCAGUCUAGUCCAUGAGAUUGCUCUGAAAGCAAACUUACCAGUCAAUUUUGAGGUAGUACGUGAAUCUGGUCCACCACAUAUGCGGUGUUUUGUCACCCAGUGUACAGUAGGGGAGUAUUCUACGGAGGCUGAGGGAAAUGGCAAGAAGAUAUCAAAAAAGAGAGCUGCUGAAAAGAUGCUGGAAGAAUUGAAAAAACUGCCUGGUCUUCCUGCACAAAACAAUGCUAAAGUGAAAGUGAAGGCACAAGGAAAAAAGAAAAACAGAAACCUAAUUAAGAUGCAGAAGACGGUGGCUGAUUAUGGUGUUGGCAUCAACCCUAUAUCUCGCCUUAUCCAGAUCCAACAAGCCAAGAAGGAGAAAGAGCCAAUAUACACACUUGUUCAGGAGAGAGGACUUCCAAGGAGAAGAGAGUUUGUCAUACAGGUGACUGUUGGGUCUCAACAGUGUACUGGUGUGGGCCCAAACAAGAGACUAGCCAAGCGUGCAGCCGCAGAGGCCAUGCUCCAACAACUAGGAUACAGCCAACGUAUGCCAGAAGCUGGAAAGCCAGCCAUCAAGCUUGGGGCACAUGAGAAUGCUGGGGACAAGAAAGUGAAGUUUGUUGACCAGGAACCUGUAGCAACAACAUCAUCCGAUGGUUUAGGCCGGCAAGUUGUGCCUGGAAUCUUACUGAUGCCUGACCCUAACAGACCUGGUGUGCAGGGAAUACAGAACUACCCAGUGAACCAGCAGCCUGGACUGCAGCGCUCCCCUGGGCCACACAUAGGCAUGGGCUACUCCCCACAGACAACAGCAGCCAUUGCUAAAGAACUCUUAGACCAAGGUUCAUCUCCCACAGCUGAGGCACUUGUUAAAUCUACAACAAAACCUGUAUCUCCUCAGCAGUCCAAUGUCAUCAGACCCAAACAGCAGCUAUUAUACCUGGCUGAUGUACUCAACUUCCAGGUUCAGUUCACAGACUUCCCCAAGGGCAGUAACAAGAGUGAAUACCUUUCACUAGUGUCCCUCUCCACGAAUCCUCCACAAGUUAGUCAUGGUGCAGGAACAACAAUAGAGGCUUCCCAUGAUGCCGCAGCACUGACUGCAUUGAAGGCACUCUCUGAGAUUGGAUUGGGUGCUGUGACCAGGGAUAGUGGGGAGAAACUUGCAGCUAGUGGGCCUAGUGGUGAUGGUCCUCAUCUAAAUGAGCUAAAUGGGAAAGCUCCAGUUGCGGGAAGCGACUCAAAUAGCACGAGUGUUCCCAUCAAACAGGAGAAGUAAGCAGUUCAUUGGUCAAACUACAUCACAUGAUAGUCACGUGAUCAUCACAUGAUCAUCAUCUGAUACAUCAUGAUUACAUGUGAAGACAACCAUGUUAUAUUUGUAGUCCAGAAAGUGUUCUUCUUUAUUCUUAAGCAGUCAGUCUUUAACACCAUAAAGUGGAAGGAAAUAUAUGGAUGUAAGUGCUGACAGGGUGCUACGAUUAAAACAAUGUAUCAUUAACUCUAAUAACUUCUGGACUAUCAAUAUGAGAGAAAAAAAACAGUUACAUAUUUGUGGAAAUGUUUUCAACGAGGGUUAGCUAAUAGUGUGAAUACCUUGAGUAAAAGUGUUCACUUAAUGAUUUUAUUGUAAUUAUAUAUUCAUAAUGAAAUUAUUUCUGAAUUAGAUGAUCAUAAAAUUGGAAUUUUAGAUUAAACAAAUCCUUUUUUCUGUCAUCACAUUCUGUUUAACAAAUAACGUUUUCAACAUUUUCAUGAUUUAAAACAAAUUAUGAACUUUAAUUUCAAGUCUGUUCAUCCCAUUAGCAGAUUGCUAUUGUUAUGCUGCAUUGCUUAUAUUUCAUGUUAAAGUACAGUUCAGGUUUUCUUACUGGUAAAAAGACUGGUUAAAAGAAAUAUGAAUCACUCUCGAUAACUUGAAAUUAAAGUUUCAAUUUUACAUGUAUAUUGUAUUUAAUCAAAUAUGAUUUUUAAGUGUGCAUACAAACAUCUUGGUGGCAUUAAUAUACAAAUGUGGAUUACAUUUUGUAAAGGUUAUUCAUAAAUCGAGAAUUAAUGAAUACAUUUAGUUUCAUUGUUAAACAGAUCAAGAAUAUUAUUGCAUCACAAAUCACUUUAUCACAAUUGUUUAACUGUAGAUUUGUUUGAUGAAACCUCCACAAAUCACCAAGUUGUUUGUAUUAACUAUUUGAAAAUGAUUACUUUCAAGUUGUUCUUCCUAUUUGCAAGGUUGAUAUAACAUCCAAGUCUUGAUCAACAACCAGCAAACUCUUUGAUGUAUGUUUCAAUUAUGGCUUAAAAGCACAUACUAAAAAACACAUAUUUGCAGUCAGAUAAAAAGUAUGCCUGAGUAAAUAGACUUAUCAUUUAUCAACGUUGCAAAAUUGGAGAUAUGGGUUGGUUAGAAAUCAUUAAAUACAUUUUUGAUUUGUUGUCUUCAUGUCUUAUCAUUAACUAUAAAAACAGACUGAAGACAUCAACACUACGACAAGACAAGACAACUCUAAUUUAUGAAAACACUUGCAAAGUACUAUUAUACCCUUAAUAUUGACUUGUCUAAUGUUUCAUUAAUUCGGUUUGUAAAAGUAGAAGUCAGCCUAUAAAGAAGACUUGGAUUGCUGGGUUUAUGAAGUGGAAAUGGAAUAAGACUCUUUUAUGUAAAUUAUUGAUGAUUGGUAGUGUUUAACGAUUUUGGUGACAAGUUUAUGUAUCACGCGUUGUAUCUGUGAAUGGCUAUUCAAAGUAUUGAAUAUAGAAUAUGCAUUCAGAUGAAUGACGUCAGUGCCAUAGUUUUGAUAAGAAUUUGAUCUCUAAGCUACCCAGAUGGUGCAUUUGGGAUUUGAUCAUGACAACAGUUAGGAUUUUGAUCAAUAUGUUAGUGCUGGUUUUACCCUAAAAUCUGCUUUUUCCCAGCAGUCCAGUCACCUUGACUGUUGUCUGUACCACAAUAUGUUCUAUCUUCCCAUGAUUCAUGCAGUCAAAGACUUUUGGUUGGUCAAUAGAGACCAUGUGACUGAAAGAUGAAUGCAUUCUUUGUGGUAUAAGACAAAUAGGUUGACUUAAUACUGAAGUAGCUGUAUAUGAACUUCUCAGUUAAUGAUUAUUGUUAAGUACUUGUCUUACAGUGCUCUGCAAACAUAUUAUUAUAAUUGAAGUUCUUCAUAGUAAUCUACAACUGUUGUUGGAGAAAAACUCACUUUAUUAAACUUUGAUGAAUUAAUUAGCCACUAAUUGCUUUUUUGAUCAUCAAUACAAAGUAUUUAAUAAUCUGAUAAUCUUGGGCUAACAGAAUUAUUCAAAUGUGAAAACCAUUUAUAUUCAAUUUUAUCCUAGUUUAUGGAAAUGUAGUUUUUUCUAGCAUCUAGUUAUAGAUUACCUUCAUAACAAAGUAAAGCAAAAAAAACGAACUUGUAUCCUAUAUUUGAACAAUGUGUGGGCUGAGCGCAGAUAUUGAUGGAACUAUUUGUUUGAUCAUUUUAACAGCUGAUUUCUGAAAUUCAGUGUUAUUGGUAAUUGCUUGCUGAGUUGUAAGGAAUGAUAUGAGAGAUUCCGAUCAAUGAUCAGAUAGUAAUCACUAAUCAAUAUGACAAAUCUACCAAUAUACUGAAAAGGAGUACUCAUGUUUCAGUCUGAGAAGUUGUACGUCACAUGCAUUUCACUGAACUUGGCAGAAACCUGUUAUAUUUAACUGGUAAAGGUUCCUUUAAAGGAUCAUGCUUUACAUCACUAUGUGUUGAGUGUUGUGAUUCAUUUAAAGUCCUUUAAGAAACAGGAAUGCAAUAUGUGUGGAUAGAAACAUUUUUAUUACGUUUUAAGUUGUUUUUUUAUUACAUAUUAAAUUUUACAGAAGAUGAAGGUAAGGAUGAAAGAUGAAGAUGAAGGUAGUAAAAUUAAAUAAGCGUACAAUAUUAAAAGUAAUAUAUGUUCCAGUUCACUAACUUGAUGUCUUAUUACGAAAUGGAUGAUAUCACUUUGUUUAAAUAAAGGAUAAAAGUUAUGACAAGAUAUUGUGUUAUGUUCAAAUAUAACUUGUUUAUCCACCUUUUUGUCUUAUUAACAAUAAAAAGUAAUUUUCUUAGUUUACCUAGAAAGAUUCUAUUUUUAGAAAACAUAAUCCUGAUCCUUAAUGAGAAAGGUUUUCCCUCUGUGUUUGAUUAAAAAAUUGACCAUCAAGAACAUUUCUGUAUAUAUAAUAUUGUUUUAUGUUACAUGUACAAACAUCAGUUAUAGAUGGAUCAAAUAAGCAUAAAUAAAAUGCUGUUAAGAGUUGCAUUUUGCAGGUCAAAGAAUAGCGUUUAAAUUUUGGUUAUUCUCUGGCUAGUAGCUUUUGUGGUUGGGCCCUCUCAGCCAUAUUCCCGGGCGUUUAAAAUGUUUAGAUAGUAUUUAACUUUUUCUCAAAUAUAAUUCUAAGACUUACAGGCAACGAAGGAUAUUAAAACUUAAAAAACAAAUGGUAGUGUGCUUUUUGUCUGAGCAAGCGGUACUCUGCGAGUUGUUUGUAGAAUGAAUCGGGG